AUGACCCCACUAUAUCCACUUGGUUUUUUAUUAUGCCUCUCGCUUAUAAAUUUUGCUCGAGCUCAAGAUGUCUGCGUUAAGAAAGGGCCGUGCACUUGUGAAUUUUCAAAUGGAACCGGUAUCGACAUAUCUCCAGCUGCUAAAGCUACGUUCUACACGACACAGACCUUCGAGCUGAAGAUGAGUGGCGCAGAGUAUGCUCUUAGUACCUAUUACUAUCAUCCAUGCUUUGAUAUAAAACCGAGUGUUAACAGUUCGAAACCGGGAGGUUGCGACAGUCCAUUGUCGCUAUGCCGGCACACAGAUCAUUUCAAUUUCAACUCCACAAUCAAUGGAUUUGUUUCUGAUGGAGGUCUUUACGAAAAGAUGGGAGACACUAAUACAUCAGCAUUUAGCUCAGAUGGAAAAUCUAUAAUUUACUCAAAUAUCCCAUCUUCAACUAUAGUUAUGCUUGUAUGUGCACAAACUGAAGGUGAUCUAAGUGUUUUCUCGCUGUUGGACCCAAAUAAAAUUGUGCUAGCAUUCUACUCAAGAUAUGCCUGCCUGCAAACCAUCGAAGAAUCAGGCAGAUCUCUCGGUUCUACUCUAUUGAUAAUCUUCUUUUCGUGUGUGAUCUUCUACUUAGUCCUCGGAAUUUGCACAAAGAAAUUCCUAAUGGGAGCUACAGGACUAGAAGUUGUACCGAACCUUGCAUUCUGGACUGAUCUACCAAAUCUCGUGAAGGACGGUUGGGCGUUUGGGAUCAAUGGCUUUAAGCUUCCAACGCGGGGUGCAGGCCCCGUCACGUCACCGGACCCUAACAGCUACGAUAGCAUAUAA